AUGCCGUCCAAUGUGGAGAUCAAGGCCAAAGUGAGCCAUCCGCUGCAGUUUGCCAAGAUGGCGUCCGAGCUCAGCCGAUCGGAUGGCGUCGUCAUCAGGCAGCGCGACACUUUCUUCCACUCCCGCCGAGGACGACUCAAACUGCGGGACUUCACGGAUGGCUCGGGUCAGCUGAUCUUCUACAAGCGUGCCGACGAGGACGGACCCAAACUAUCCCGAUACUCCAUCAGCCCCACCUCUGACCCGACCGGCCUCAGGGCGGUGCUGUCCGACGCCCUGGGCGUGAAAGGCGAGGUGCGGAAGGAGCGCCGUCUUUUCCUGGUCGGUCAAACGCGAGUGCACCUGGAUGACGUGGAAGGCCUCGGACACUACACGGAGCUCGAGGUAGUGAUGCGUCCAGAACAGACACUAGAGGACGGGCAGAAGGUGGCCGAGGCUCUGAUGGAGCAGCUGGGCGUGACCCGGGACAGUCUGGUGACGGGCGCCUACGUGGACCUGCUGGCGGGAGGACGCACUGACAUCCGUCAGCCUUCCACUCGUCCUGCUUCUUCCUCGCUUCAUCUUCUGGUCCCCGCAAACUCCUCCUCCUCUUUUUCCUCCUCCAUCAUCUUCCUUUUCUUUUCCCCAUCAGUCAUCAAGAUGAAGAACAAGUCGCUGCCGUGCCGGGUUUUCCCCAUUCCUGGCCUCCUAUUCUCCUUUCCUCACUGUCUCUUUUUGUCGGUUCUUUCCCUGGAGAACUCCCCUUAG